CUAACCCCUAUUUUCUUCAUAGCUCUACCGCAUUACUUCUGCUCUCCCUUCUUCUGCGGCGCUCUUCGCUCUUCCAAUCCGAUCUGAGGGAGAGAUCAGUUAGAAUAUCGGAUGGCUUCUGCCUCGUCGGAAUUGGAAGAAGAGUGAUUCUCGUUCGCUUCCGCGGCGAAAUUUGCUAUGAUGGUCUCUCCGGCGACGGCGACGCCGCAAUCGCAGAAGCAGCAGCUGACGGGCCACCUUCAGACUCAGCCGUCGGAUAAUGAUCGGAGUAGUAGUGAGAUUAGGGCCGUGGAUUGCAAUCUCGCGUCCCUUUGUGAACACAUUCAAAUGGAGGGUUUUAACUCCGGUGCAUUCUCUGACAUCAUGGUCCAGGCCAUGGGUUCCACCUAUCACCUCCAUCGCCUGAUUCUUUCCCGAAGCUCCUACUUUAGGAACAUGCUUCAUGGUCCAUGGAAGGAGGCAGCUCUUCCAAAUUUGGUUUUGCAGAUCGAUGACCCUAAUGUUAACUCUGAGGCAAUUACGAUUGCCUUUGCAUACUUAUAUGGGCACCAUCCAAAGCUUAAUGACGAUAAUGCAUUUAGAGUUCUUGCCUCUGCUUCUUUUCUUGACCUUCAGGAUUUGUGUGCAAUAUGCACCGAUUUCAUUAUUUCCGAGUUGUGGACCUCGAACUUCUUGGCAUAUCAGGUUUUUGCAGAGAGUCAAGAUUAUGGGAUACACGGAGAACGUGUCAGAAAUGCAUGUUGGGGGUACCUUUGUCAAAGUGCGACCAUGGAAUUGAGAGAAGUGCUUCCAAAACUUUCUUCUCAAACUUUAAAUGCUCUGCUUACAUCUGAUGAACUCUGGGUGCCUAAUGAGGAGAAAAGGUUUGAACUAGCUUUGUUCACAUUAAUUGCAAAGGGCACCCUUUCUGAUGCAAUCAGUUCUGAACAAGAAAGUCCAGAUUCUGAACUUGAAAUAAACCAUACUGUUCGUGAUUUACUAAAGGAGAAUAAUGUCACUUAUAACACUCGUGGUAAACAGAUUGUGGAUUUAGGAAUGAAACAAAUGAGCAUACCGGCUAACUUGGACGGACAUAAGGCUGCUCAGAAUAUUCUGGUUGACCUUGCGGACUGCGUGGUUGAUUGCCAUGCUGAUGUUCCUUAUUCUCAGCCUAUACAAGUGCGACCAGCCAUGGUUCCUCAUGCAUUGUCUGAUCCUAGAUAUUCCAUCAAGCUGCAGCAAUCAUCUACUGACUCCAAUUUGAACAGAGAAUCUUGUUCUUAUGUUGAAAUUCGGAAUUGUAAUGAAGCAAACAAAAUGUCCAGUAGUCAGUUUGCCAUGGAAGGGCCAUCAGGAGAUAGUUCUUGUUACCAAAUUAAUAAUAGUAUCUGGUCUUCUGUUGAUCAUCAGAGUAAGUUCUCUGUCUCCCCUUGUAAUAAUGGAGCAAGUCCCAGUGAUUGGGGAAGAAGCAAUUUACCUUCAUUAUGGGGUGGCAGGACGGUAGGUAGAAGGCAAGUUAAAAGUUCCAAGGGUAACUGUGGGGUGCAAAGUGAAGAGUAUGAUGCAUUUCAUAAUAUUUUUGAAGGAGGCUCACUUUUGUAUUGCAAUAUGUCCUUUGAGGCACUGUUAAAUGUUCGAAAACAACUGGAGGAAUUGGGAUUUCCCUGUAGAGCUGUGAAUGAUGGCCUUUGGCUCCAGAUGCUUCUUUGUAAAAGGGUGCAAGAGAUAGCAGCUGAUAACAGCAAAAAUUGCUGCCUUACAAGCAAUUUUUGUGCUUGUAGACAGUCGUAUGAAUACUCACAUGGAGGUACUGCAACUGGUUAUUAUAGGCAAGAGCAUGAUAGGAGCAAUUCUUCCGGCAGUAUUGGGAAUGUCUACAUAGCAGACUCUCAAGCUGAAGGCCAUGGCAUUUCUAGUCCUGUACGGGUCCAUGUAAGGGGUCCCAUUGAUGGUCUUGCUGGCAUAGGGAGAGGAGCAACUUACUCCCCUGGAUCUGCAUGGCCUCCCACUCGAUACGUCUUUUCUCGUGUGCCUUUUGGACUCGGCCACAGGAAUUGUCAGCAGUCACUAGCCAAUGAUGAUUCAGAAGCUAGAGUUGAUCUUAGCGGCGAUAUAUCAGGGGAUGGCUUGACAGCUCUGGUUAGUCUUAGCCAAGGGAGUAAUUCUGUUAAUGUACAUACUGAACAGACUGAAAGAGUAUAUGAGGCAGACUUACAGGGCAGGUAUGCUGGAACUGCUUCUCACACAAGUUCCAAUGUGCUCCCAGUUCAGAUGGUAGGAUCAGAGGAGCAUGCUCUUGCCAUAGAUUGUGAAAGUUCUGAUGGUUCUAUAUCACUUGAUCACAAAACACCACUCCGUGAUUUUCCUCCAUUUCGCUUCGGGGUGGAGUUUGAAGAUGUCCAUAGGCUUAGUGAUGGUCUGGUGAAGCAUUCUCCUGAAAUUUUCUAUGCUGGAUCACUGUGGAAGGUCAGUAUUCAAGCUUUCAAUGAUGAAGAUCUUCAAGGGCGUCGUACUUUAGGAUUAUUUCUUCAUAGACGUAAGGCAGAGGUGGCAGAUUCCCUCAGAAAGGUCCAUAUGUAUGUCGAUCCCCGCGAAAAGGUGACGGCUCGUUAUCAGUUGAUUUGUCCAUCAAAGAGAGAAGUCAUGGUGUUUGGGAGCUUUAAGCAGGCAGGAACACUGCUGCCCAAAGCUCCAAAAGGCUGGGGCUGGAGAACUGCACUGUUGUUCGAUGAACUUGGUGAUCUGCUCCAGCGAGGAGCUCUUAGAGUUUCUGCUGUUGUGCAGCUUGUUUGAUGCAGAUAAGGAGGUAUGAAUUAAUGUAUCAUAAUUUGAUUUUUUUUUUUUUCAUGAAUUAUUGGUAUAUUUUAGUAACAGAAACCUCAAACCUGCUGCAACUUAUUUAGAUUGAAUAAGGGGAAGGGGAAUUUUUUUUU